AUGCCUUCUGCGACCGGUCAAAACUGGGAGAAGUACACCAAGAAAUUCGCCGACGAUGAAAUAGAGGAGAAGAAGAUCACACCCCUCACCGAUGAGGAUAUUCAAGUUCUCAAGACAUACGGCGCUGCCCCAUAUGCAUCGACCAUCUCAAAGCUCGAGAAGCAAAUCAAAGAAAAGCAACAGAGCGUAGAUGAGAAGAUUGGCAUCAAGGAGUCCGAUACUGGUCUCGCACCGCCGCAUCUAUGGGAUGUGGCCGCCGACCGACAGCGAAUGUCUGAAGAGCAACCCUUCCAGGUGGCCCGUUGCACAAAGAUUAUUGCUGACGAAAAGGGCGACGAGUCGAAGAGCAAGUACGUUAUCAACGUCAAGCAGAUUGCCAAGUUUGUCGUCCAGCUUGGCGACCGAGUCAGCCCUACAGAUAUCGAGGAGGGCAUGCGAGUCGGUGUUGACCGCAACAAGUACCAGAUCAUGCUGCCGCUGCCGCCCAAGAUCGAUGCCAGCGUGACCAUGAUGACGGUCGAGGAGAAGCCAGACGUUACGUAUGGUGAUGUUGGUGGCUGCAAAGAGCAGGUUGAGAAGCUCCGAGAAGUUGUCGAGAUGCCCCUGCUCUCCCCAGAGAGGUUCUCAAACCUCGGUAUCGACCCUCCCAAGGGCGCAUUGCUCUACGGCCCUCCCGGAACCGGAAAGACGCUUUGUGCCAGAGCUGUUGCAAACAGAACAGACGCCACCUUUAUCCGAGUCAUUGGUAGCGAGCUUGUUCAAAAGUACGUCGGCGAGGGUGCUAGAAUGGUUCGAGAGCUAUUCGAGAUGGCCCGGACAAAGAAGGCCUGCAUUAUCUUCUUUGACGAAAUCGAUGCCGUCGGCGGUGCUCGGUUCGACGACGGUGCCGGUGGUGACAACGAGGUCCAGCGAACCAUGCUGGAGCUCAUUACUCAGCUGGAUGGCUUCAACGCCCGAGGAAAUAUCAAGGUCAUGUUCGCCACCAACAGACCAUCCACAUUAGAUCCCGCCCUGAUGCGACCCGGACGUAUCGACCGCAAGAUUGAAUUCUCGCUGCCCGAUCUCGAGGGCCGCGCCAACAUCCUCCGAAUCCACGCCAAGAGCAUGUCAGUUGAGCGAGACAUUCGAUGGGAGCUCAUUUCCCGUCUCUGCCCCAACGCUACUGGUGCCGAGUUGAGGAGUGUGUGCACCGAAGCCGGCAUGUUUGCCAUCCGAGCCCGGAGAAAGGUUGCCUCGGAGAAGGACUUCUUGGACGCCGUGGACAAGGUCAUCAAGGGCAAUCUCAAGUUCAACUCAACAGCGACGUAUAUGCAAUACAACUAA